CGCCCUAUUUGGGCAUUCGGGGGGCCGGCGGCGGGAGGCGGCGCGCAGCGGGCGCUCGUGCGCAGAGGGCCCGCUCUGUGGCGCCGCGGACGCUCGGUCGGGGAGCGCAAGGCCGGCGCGUCCUGCCCUCGGAACAAUGGGAGUCGGCGCGCGCGGAGCCUGGGUCGCGCUGAUCCUGGGCGCGCUGCUGGUGCUGGCGCUGCUGAAGGCCGCCGUGGACAGCGCGGGCCUGGACGAAUCUGUAAAGACAAAGAACUUGGUGCCUUCAGGAAACCACAGCACGAACCCCCCAGGACGCAGGCGCAGUGCUGGGUGCAGACACGGACCCCACCUCCCUGAGUGUUGCCGAGGCACAGUGCACCGCCGGCCACGUUCACUCUCCCAUGCCAUCAACUGGAAGGAGCCCUGUGGGCUGGCGGAGACCUCUGACUUCAGACCAGAAAAUGUCACCACUGUGACCUCCAACCACACAAGCCAGCCCACCAGUACCACAAGACCAUCGACGACGCCACGGUCUUCAGUCGCCAAGACAGAGGCAGUCACAGCCUUGACAUCCACAGCAACAGCUCGAAUCACCACACCUGUGGACUCCACCAACAGGACUCACACCGGCUCAGUUUCCCAGAACACAACCCAGACGACGCCGGCCUCAGUGACCACCCCAGCCCACAACAGUUCGGUCACGUCCAUUUCUUCCUCCGUGACGUUCACACCAACUGUGAAUUCCACCGGAAACCCAGGAUCAAAGUUCGACAUUGGCAGCUUCCUGGGCGGUAUUGUGUUGACGCUGGGAGUCCUGUCGCUUCUCUAUGUCGGGUGCAGGACGUACUAUUCGAGACGAGGCAUUCGCUACAGAACCAUUGACGAACAUGACGCCAUCAUUUAAGGAAAUGUAAGGAGCCAUGGAAAGAAGAUUGGGAACAGCCCUCCCACUUGUGAGGACGGCCAUGCACCUGCUGUACAACCUAUCGCGAAAAGGGUUUGGGUUUCUACAUGUGUGUCUGGAACAGGCAGUUAAUGUUGACAAACAGAGACAAGUCCUCCCCUGCAGCGUAGCCGUGGUCACCCUGGGGCAUGACUAACGACCUCCUCCCCAUUCGGACUUUGGGAGGUUCACACCGACGCCACGGAGCAGAAAGCAGAGGAAGCUGCAGCUUUUCCAGCUCAGUACUCGGGUUUAGAAACCAACGGCACUGCCCCCACUCAAAACUAGACCCAUUGACAGGCCGCGGCCCCGCCGGGGAGCCUGUUCCUCCUGCGGCCUCCUCCGCGCUCUGGGUGGUUGGUGUAGGUCAGGGGAAAUGCAGUGCUGACCGAGGGUUUAAAGCUGCUGUGACAACAGUGUCCCUGCUGGAAACGGCAGGGCUGCUCUCUGUAGCUGGACCCCGUGACGCAGUGGGAUUCCCCCCCCCCCACCAGCUCACGACACCCCUUCUGCCAGGGCUCACGGCUGCGUUCCCACCCCCGGGAGGGCACCCCUCCCCUACAGCAGGACGAUGCUGCAUUCUUGUGCACUGCUGAUUUUACUCCGAUUUGGGGAAAUUAGUAUACUAAAAAAACCUUUGUACUGGGAUUAGAGUCUUCAGUUUUUAAAAACAGAAACUUACGAGUCUUAAGGCCCCUCAGCUCCCAUGGAGGGCACCCGGCUGGGUUGUUGACAGCAGUGUCCGUCCAUGGAGGUCUAAGGGUUCGGCUUUAUGGUUUAAAUUACAGCAGCCAAAACUCAGGGUCAAGUUUGGCAAAAAAAAAAGGUAUGUAGUCCUACUAAAUGACCACCAGGCUAGGCUGGACUCACUAAAAUGGCAUUUCUUUGCUAAUUCAGAAAUAGCUCAGAUGUCCAAAUGAUCCUGCGUCUACACCGAACGGGGCUUAAAUGUAACUUGUGACCAGCUUUUGGCUUUCAAAGAAUGCCAUGAAUUUCAUAUAAAAGCGCCAUUUCUACUCUGCAUCAUGGCCCACAGACAGGAGGGACAGGGUGGGUCUGCGAGGCACGCGCUGUGGCGGGAAGCCACGGAAGCACGGGGCGGCCCCGGCUGCAGAGAGGGGACUGUGAAAUCCACUCACGCCCCGAGUACAUGCUUCCAUCUGGAGUCCCACGAGGGCCUUUCCAGUCGUCCUUCUGUUUCCUACGUGCUUCCCGCUUCAGGGGUUGGGGUCUGUCAGAAGAACCUGGAAGCUGGGCCUGACUCUGUUAGAAGAAAUGCCAUUAAAUGCCUUUCCAGCUGCCUUUGGGUCUAAAAACCGUCUUCGCUGUCGGGAAGCUGGAGCACGGCCCCCACGCCCUAAGCCUAAAUUCCUGUCCUCGGUGUGUUUGCUUCAGCAGGUGCGCACUUCUGUUUGCUUCCUUGAGAAUGUAUCCACUUGAAGAGCUGGUAGAAUCCAAACUAGGACUUUAGGUAAUUCAAAAAAUGAGCAUUUCCCCCCCAGAUAAGAGUUGGCAAUAUAUUAGUGAGACUUUUCUAUUUUUCAGGAGACUUAAAGCAGAUUCCUUUUCUCUUUUUAUUAUAAUAACCAACUUUUGGUAUUUCACUGUUACUGAGAUCUAUUUUUAGAAUAAAAUUUUUUCAUUUAAGA